AUGGCUUUGCAACAAUUAUCAUCGCGAUGGGCUGCUCUGGUCGUCCUGCUGUGGACAGCACUCGCCCGCGCCCACACUGUCAUCACCUACCCAGGCUACCGAGGGAAUAACCUACAGACCAACGGUACCAUCGCCGACGCAAACGGUCUCGGUGUCGCCUACAACUCAAAAAAUGACUCCCUUUACUAUCCUUACGGCAUGCAGUGGAUUUAUCCAUGUGGUGGCAUGCCAACCUCUACGAACCGCACUUACUGGCCCGUCGGCGGCGGUGCCCUCGCUAUGCAGCCUGGCUGGUUCCCAGGCCAUGCGACGGCCUUGAUGUAUAUCAACAUCGGUCUCGGCGAGGUUCCCGAGAAUAUGAGCCAUCCGGUCGUGUCGGCCUUCCAGAUCACCGGUCCCUCGAAUAAUCCCUACCCCGGAACUAUCUGUCUGCCUCAAGUGCCUCUGCCUGCGAACAUUAGUGUUAAGGCCGGUGACUACGCUACGAUUCAAGUGGUGGAGGUUGCGAAGCACGGUGCAGCGCUAUUUAACUGUGUCGACAUUAUCUUCGCUGAUAACGGUGACUCUAAGAUUGCCGAAGUUACGACUGAUAACUGCUUCAACUCUAGCGAUAUCAGCUUCCAGUAUGUGUACACGACCUCGGGUACCUCCGGCGCGGCUACGUUGAAGCCUCCACGGCGGAUGUGGAUGGCAGUUGUACCGUUCCUGCUAGCUGCAGCGGUCAUGUAG